CACAGUAUAACGUCGUCUGGUUGAAGCAUUUGACUCUUCACUGAUUUCUCUUCUAAAAACAUGGACAUGUCAAACAGCACGAGAAUUGUCAUCCUUGGAAAAACUGGAGUUGGGAAAAGCAGCGUGACUAACACCAUAUUUGGAGAGCCACUGUUCAAGGUCGGACACACUUUGAACUCUGACACAAGAAAAUGUCAAUCAGUCACUAAAUCUGUCAAUGGAGGAAACAUCACUCUGAUUGACAGUCCUGGUUUCUUCGACACAGAUCGACCUGAGGAGGAGAUGAAGUCUGAAAUAGUGAGGUGCAUCACAGAGUUCGCUCCUGGGCCUCAUGCCUUUCUCAUUGUGCUUAGAGUGGAGAGAUUCACAGAGCACGAGCAAGCUAUCGUCACUAAAGUGAACAAAUACUUUUCGAAAGAAGUUUUCCAGUAUGCGAUAGUCCUCUUCACUCAUGGUGACCAGCUCCCUGAAGGAGAGACCAUUAAGAGCUUUAUCCGUGAUAAUAAGCCUAUGAUGGAGCUGGUGACAAAGUGCGGAGGCCGCUGCCACGUCAUUGAUAAUAAAUACUGGGACGACAACCCGCAGGAAGAAUACCGGAACAACCAGGUCCAGGUGAAGGAGCUCCUCAAGACAAUAGAGGAGAUGGUUAAGGCAAACGAAGGAAGAUGCUACACCAAUGAGAUGCUACAAGCUGUGGAGGAAACAAUAAAACAGGAGGAGGAACUCAUUAGAAAGUCACCAGGAAACAUGUCAGAGGGAGAGAUCAGAGAGAAGGCUAAAGAGAACACAUUUACUGUGCUUUGGAUACGAUGGUUGGUCCAUACAAUAGCUAAUUUGCUCAGAGGUCUUUUCGGUGGAGCAAUUGCCAAAUAGUGUCAUAGGCUUUAUCGGCAGAGCUUUCUUUAGCCAAGUUUGAAAUAAAACCUGUAAUGAGCUAUGACUGAGUAUGACUAAAAAGCAGUGGUGUGCCGUGGGCCUGAGGCCUGGGCCUUCAGUGAGGUCCUACACAGUCCCACCCAAAUUAAUCCACCUCUUAUUACUAUCAUUAUGACGCCAUGGCUCUCGACACUAUACAGCUAGACAGAGACGCAGUAUAACCAGGCGUUGCGUCACCUUGAAAUUGACAUUUUUAUUCAGAGAAUUGCAGGGGAAGAGUACAAUACAGUCCAGUUCAACUAAUAGGCAAGAACAUAGUGGAGUGCAACAGAGUUAUAUUAAUAUUCGUCUUCUAUCCAUUUCUAGUCCACAAACUUUGAGCUUUAAGUCCAACUUUUUUUUACAGUGUGUUCACUAAACAGCGCAUUGUCACCCCAAAGCAGUUUCACCGUGAUGAUGAAGAUGAAAGUUCCUGUUUACCCCAAAACAUGACACAAUUAAUGAGUCUUUUCAAUAUGUCCCUCUUGUUCUUCACCUUUUCAUUGUGCAGAUCGGUUGCCCUGCGCGCUUGUUCGUUGAUCUGUAGAUCCGCUCCGUGUCCCCAAAAGUUUUCAAAGCACCGAUGCUUGUAAGCGCCGAGCCGUACUUUGGUGUCUCGUUGCUGCCUCGGUUAGACAACUCAAGUUUGCAAAGCCAGUGUGGCUCCCAACACCAAAUCGAUCACUUGCAAAUAAUAGUCAUUCCCAGCAGUCCAGUGAGCAGAGCUUCUCGGAGUCUGUGAGCCGUUGGUAGCGCUCGUAGUUGGAACUUUGAAAGUGGCGAACGAACCCCUUCCCCGCCUGUGACGGGCUUUGUAGCGUCGGCGUCGGUCUUAAAGUUGGUCUUGAGAAUGGCGUUAUAAUUAUAUCCUCGACCAAAUCUAUAUCUUCUCCUUCCGCCAUUGUGGGUUGAAAAAAUAGCUUAGUAGUACGCGAAUUAAUUUAUUUAUCAAAUUCAGUUUCCUAGUUCUGAGGUUCUGCAUAUACCUGCCCAUAGGCCCCGCCUCUCAAUAUUGGUAAUCCAAUCAAAAGACGUGCACGCCCUCCGCCUGCUAGCUGCUCCUGUGCCGGUUCCGGGGAAGGCCUACAGGAGCCAACUCUAAAGCUGAUUGGUUGACACAACAUUUUCAUUCCCAUUCACUUUAAGCUACCAGCGCCCGCAAUGUUGAUUCUGAAGGCCUAAGGGCAGAUUUUAGCCCCCUGGCAACACGAUGGCUGAAUAUGAUUGGAUAAAAGAUCUAACAUAAAGACCAGCCCUCCAAAUCUCAACCUGGGGCUGGAAGCAGUGCAACCAAGAGGAAAGCUAUGAAAUGAAGAGUAUAACUCUUAUUCUGGGGAAUAAUUGAAUACAUAUUUGUGGGAACAUUUAUUUAAAAAAAAAAUUAUAUUCUGAUGAUGUUUAGGCCAGCAGAGAAGGCCUUGCUGGCCCUGACGGCCCACCACUGCUAAAAAGUUCUUCCAAUAAGUUGCCUGACAAUCUUGUUCUCAACAACAUUUUACCACUGAGAUUAGUGUUUAGUGUAAUAUGUAAUACGUUUAAAUCAUUGGUUUGUUGAGGUAUCCACCAAAAAUGCCAGAUACGCACCACGACUAUGAUUGAUUCCCCAAUUAAUGAAUUGAAGAGUGAACACAUUCUUGAAACCCCCUGUGGUACUGCUUUGUACUGCAGGCGAACAAAGGAAACCUUUUUUACUUCACAUGAAACGUGUUUUUUUAAACCUACGGCCAUAUGAAGUGUGAUCUUAAAGUGUUAUUACCUUCGCAUUGAUAAUGCGGAAGGUUAUGUUUUGAUCGCCGUGUAUUUGUAUGCGUGCGUGCGUGCAUGUUAUUCGCAUAAGUCAAAAAGUAUUAAACCGAAUCGCAUGAAAUUUGGUUGGAUGAUUGGUUAUUAUCCGGGGACCAUUUGAUUAGAUUUUGGGAUCGAUUGGGUCAAAGGUCAAGGUCAAGGUCAUGGAAAGGUCAACCUCUUCUUGAAUCGCAUUACAUUUGGUGGGAUGAUUGGUUAUUAUCCGGGGACCAUUUGAUUAGAUUUUGGGAUCGAUUGGGUCAAAGGUCAAGGUCAAGAAAAGGUCAAAAUCUUCUUUUUACCAUAGCACGGUCAAUUUGUAUCCAAUUCGCAUGCAACUAAUGCCAACAUUUUCAUAAUUCAAUGCCCAAUAUUGUGAUAUGUGAAGGUAUGCGCUCUACCGAGUGCCCGUUCUAGUUCACUUUGUACUCAUUCUGAUUCAACUUGAAUUCUCUCUGAUGAUUUACGAUGUCUUUCUUUUUAUUGAGCUUCGAGUGUUUUGGUCUCAUAUAUCAAUAUAUUCUUCACAUAUUAUUUCGUGUAAAUUGAAUCACGUCAGCCUCAAUGUGUUUUUCUUUCAUAUAUCAAUAUGUAAUUAUAACUGAUGUUCUUGUUUGUUGACUAAAUGGAAAUAAGAAGUAAAUAAGGGAAAUCUUGCUACACCUGUGUGUAAUGUAAACUUU